AUGGAUUCCCCCACGUCCUCAUCGUCCGUUGCCAAUUUUUAUUACAAAGAGUUUUUAGCCGAUGAGGGUGACUCGACCGAUGAGGAGGUCGAGCACGAGGCGGUUACAAGUGUGUGCGAAUUCGCAACGCGGUACAUGAAACAUUGUAGUCGGCCUCAACGUGAAAUUUUCCUACGAGAAUAUAUUGAACGAGACCGACGUUCGGCAAACGAUCGAUUGAUGAAAGAUUACUUCGAUGAAGCGCCUACUUACCCAAACCCAAACGUUUUUAGGCGUCGUUUCCGGAUGAGUAAACGUUUAUUUCUACGCAUUGUUGAAGACUUGGAAAACAAAUUUGAUUAUUUUAAACAAAAAGCGGAUGCGAGAGGGAAGCUUGGAUUUACCGGUAUUCAAAAGUGUAUUUCAGUGCUACGAGUCCUUGCGUAUGGAAACACGACCGACAUCAACGACGAGUAUUUAAAGAUGAUCAAGAAAACAACACGCGAUACCUUGGAACUUUUUUGUGACGGUAUAAUAAAUUUGUACGGUGCACGUUAUCUGAGAAAGCCUAUAUGGUACGAUCUUCAACAAAUUCACAAGGUCCAUUCUAAUCAACAUGGUCUACUGGGCAUGAUCGAGAGCUUGGAUUGUCGCCAUUGGCGGUGGUAUAAUUGUCCAACCGCAUGGCGAGGUCAACACACACGAGGUGACCAUGACGGACCAUCGGUUAUUCUUCAGGCGGUUGCCUCACACGACCUUUGGGUUUGGUCGACUUACUUUGGUCUCGCGGGGUCAUGCAAUGAUAUAAACAUUUUCGAACAAUUUCCAUUGGUAGAGGAUUUCAUUUCUGGUAGAGCUGCAAAAGCAUCUUUUUAUGCAAACAUAAACUACUAG